AUGCGCGUCCUUGCCGUCGUUCUUCUCCUCCUCAACGUCAUCGGCGCCGUGUCAGCGUUUUAUGUGUUGAGGACAAGUGGUCGUGGUGAGUAUUGUAGAUCUACAAAUUGUGAUUGGGUCUAGAAGCCAUUUCCGUUGCCGCUUUUGUUGGUUUUGAAUACAAACCAAGAAAAAUUUCAAUUUCGGAGCCGGAAGUCACGGAAAUCUUUCAUUAAAUCUCUCGCCACAUGCCUUCUUGUUUAUCCAGUCACCCAUCGCCAGAGUCCGGACAAUGAACGUCUUGAAUCAAUUAAGAGCCGCGUCACAAUGUCUGCAACAUUUCAGCACAUGAAUAAUCUCAUUUUUGUCACGUCUCUCUCCUUGCAAUCGGUUUGAAAUGUGUGAAAAGCGAUGAAUGAGUAAGAAGGCGCCCACGCCGACAGCGCCCUCUCCCGGGGGAAUUAAAUCCGCCACAGCUUCCUCUUUGUGAUUUGAAACUAUACGAAGACAUGGGCGGAGAGACGAAGAAGGCAAUCAUCUGACGUCUUCUCCCAUCUCUCUCUCUCUCUCUCUCUCUAGAUGACGUUGCCCUUCUCGCGUUCCGUCAAACUCAAUUUCCGAAAUACAUCCGCACAAGUUUGGAGGGCGGGGAGGGCGAAAAAAGUGUGACCUCCGGCUGACAUCAUGAUGAUCCAUUUUGCAACAUCCCUGUGAUUGGCCAAAUUUUCCGAGCCCACGCUUCGAGCCCCCAAAAUUAACCAGUAAGUAGGCCAACUAAUGUUGGACCCGUUUUCAAAGUGUUUCCCUGUUUCCGAGCUGUUUUUCUGCUCCGUCAUCAGCGGAAAUGAGGAGGAAAUGAAGGGUAGGAGGGGGGGGGGAGGUGCAACCCACUCAUGACAAAAUCCAAAUCAUUUAUUCAUAAGCCACCAUUUUGGAGAGGUGCACGAGAGGGAAAGGUCUCUUAACGUUUACAUUCAUCCAAUAUUGUGCCACAUUUUCAGACAACACCUCGCCGCUGAUCCGUCUCCGUCGCAGCGGAAUUCUGUUCGGAAAGCUGGCUCGCAACUGGGCGGCCGACGACAAACGAGUAGUGCUGAGGCCUCUCGUCGAGUACGAACCCGAUCCUUUCCAAUGA